GAGUUGCCGCAUUCGAUCUGGUAAUUUCCCCGUGUGACAGAAAAGAGGUUUUCACCUAUACUAUGGUUACUCCGUCGCUUUCUAUGUGCUAUUGUUUAUAUCUUCGGCUCUUUUUUCCCCACCCCGCUUGCCAUUGCAUGGAGUGAUUAUCGUUUUUUUACUGCUUUUGGCUCCCUCCAUCUACGGAUGCCCCCCCUCUUUUUUUUUUUGGGGGUUUCUGCUUCUCUCGUCGGCGAUGUCGGCAUCGCCUGCUUGUUCUUCCCCCUUUCUCACCCAUUCACCCCGGUUCUCUACAUGCAAAUAUUUUUUCUUUAGUCUCUCGUUUUGAUUGUUUUGCUGAGUUCCUGCUCUUGUAUUUCUUUGUUGGUUUCUCACUGGAGCUGCUGCGUCCAUGCGGAUUGCUAUCGUUGUCUAUUUGCUUUUUUUAGGCGGGAUCCAUGGUUUUGUUGUUGCUUCGGUUAGGCCUAUGGAUUUUUUUCCCAUGAUUUUCUUCAUUCCUCGCGUUUGCUGUCCUGCUUUCUAAUCUAGCUGGUACACCGAUGGGAUGUGGUUCUUGCUUUGGCCCUCCUGCAGCCGCUCGGUCAUUCUUCCUGCUCAUCCAUGCAAUUGAAGGAGGAGGAAAAAAAAACAGAAUCUGAGCCUACUCCGUCAUUUGUUUGUUUCCUUUCGGGUUAUUUUUUACCUGAUCACUUGCGCAGAGGAAGGAAAAGGGGAAAAAAGGCCAAAUUUGGACUUAAUCUAUGAUUUGUUGGUUCCCUGGUUUUUUUAUUCGAUUCUAAUCUACGAUUUGUUGGUUUCCUUGAUUCGACGCAUUUGGUACAGCAUUUUUAGCGUUUCUGCUUUCUCUCCACCCCUCCCCUAUAGGGGAAAAAACUGGGAAAAAACACAUACACGGCUGCGCAGAGGAUGAAAAACUGGGAAAAAAACACAUACACGGCUGCACAGAGGAUGGCCACCAUUGUUUGUUCAUUGUACCAAUGUGAGACUAUUGCUUUUAAUUUUUUCCCCUUUUUGGUCCAGGUUAAGUUCUGCCCUGCCCUGCCUUGUGACAUCGCUUGGUCAACGUUAAGAGUGCUCGGCAGGGUUCCACUGUAUCAUCGCGGUUACGUUCUGUCCUACCUUGUGGCAUUGCUUGAUCAAUGUGAAGCGCUCGGCAGGAUCCCAGUGUGCCAUCACAGUUAAGUUCUGCGCUGGCUUGUGCCAUCUGUUGAUCAACGUUAAGAGUGCUCGGCAGGGUUCUACUGUAUCAUCGCGGUUACAUUCUGUGCUACCUUGUGGCAUCGCUUGAUCAACGUGAAGUGCUCCGCAGGGUCCCAGUCUGCCAUCACAUCAAUGGAGCCACAUACAACUCAGGCGUACCAGGACAGUGAUCCUUCACCGUCACCUUCACCUACACACCAGACCCGAUCUAGGCGUGGACGUCGUAGAGGUCGAAGUGAUGCCACAGGUGAUGCUGCGCAUCACUCACCUUUAGUUAUGAACCCAGCUGAGUGUCGACGCAAGCGACGGAGAUUAUUAGAUCAGCAAAGAUUGGCGCUAACAGCAACACUAAAUGGUAAUAGAAUAUCGCUAGGAUGCGGUCGCUUCAACCAAGAUUACAUUGACGCUCUAAAAGAUGCCAUUUGAUCUGCUGCCAAUGCUGCAUCCAAAGUCUAAACACUGGACAAUAUGUGUACGCGUGUCACGCAAGUGGGAGUACCGUGGUGGCACCGAUGAUGGACCGGUAGCCCACAUUGACCUUGUUCUCGCAGACGAACAGGGUAAUGCCAUAUAUGCUGAAAUACCAAACUCAGAAAUAGAAACAAAAGACUCUUUGCUUGACGAAGGUGGUAUCUAUAUUAUGAGCCGCUUUAGAGUCUCCAAUUCUAAAUCCCUAUACAGGCCAGUCAAUGCACCUUACAUGAUUGAAAUUACUUGCUACACCAAGAUAACUCCAGCAAGAGAUCCACCAAAAACAUUCCCAAGAUAUGUCUACAGACUGACAUCCUUUGUUGAACUACCUCAGUAUGCUGGUGAAAACAGGAAUUUCCUGGAUGUUAUUGGUAUCAUCACUGAAGUUUCAGACACAUCUUUGAUACAGCUUGCCAAUCAGUUAACCUCCACUGUAACCAGAGAUGUCAUCCUUAGGGACCUUAACAAUGUUGAGAUUAAACUAACACUAUGGGGACAACGAGCCACGGAGUUUACAAUCGAUGAAAUUUACAACGAAGAACAAGCUACACCGAUUGUUAUUCUUGUUGUUGGUAAUCUCAUGAAGACUUUUGCAGGCGAAGAAUACCUCAGUGGAAACAUGGCGUGCCGCUGGUAUUUCAAUCCUACUAUUUCAGAGGCUGAACCAUUUUACAACACUAUUCAGAACCAACGGCUGGUAAUCAAACACACUCCUGCUCCCCCACAGCAAGCAGCAUCCACAAAGAAACCAAUUCAACUUGAAGAUAAACAACUCCAGGAUUUAGAAACAAUAAAUCCAUACGACUUUCCGGAGGACGGAUGCCGCUGCACUGUGACAAUCACUCGCUUGGUCCAAACGAUAGCGUGGUGGUUUGCAUCAUGCAACAAAUGCAGUCGAGCUUGCAUUCCAGAUGGCACCGGAUAUAGAUGCAGCACAUGCUCUUGCACAGGCUAUCGCUUCAAAUACAAAUUAUGCUUUAUAGCAAAUGAUGGCACCGCUGAAGCUGAAAUGGUUGCUUUUGGUGAAGUUGGCCGGCGUAUCGUCGGUAAACCUGUUCAACAGGUUCUAAGAGCCACAAGAUUUGCAAAUGACACCCCACUGGACAUUGCAGCUAUAGUUUCACUAAAGUUCAGUUUUGCCAUCACCUUGACAAAUCAAAGCUACUACAGCCCGCAGAAAACAUACCAGGUGAACUCUAUCAUUGCUGCUUAUGGGCGACAGCACACGCUCACACAACUAAGAAACAAUCAACCAAAAGGGCUAUUAGAGUCUGAAACAAGAAUUCACUCGAACACCCAACAAGAAUCAUUGAUCUGCCAAGCAGAAAAACAUACAGACACUUAUCACAUCGAUCCCUAUGCUGCUCCACCUACUGCUACUCCUCCAAGUGCAUCAAAGACUACUGGGACUUCUGCACCACCAAAUACUCAAAGAACAACUACCAGAAAUACACCUCCCCCUUCACUGGGCAAUGCCGGAUCACUAUCCAAAAAAUCUGGGCUUCUGGCCGCUGCUGAUGCCACUAGCCAAUCUAGUGCUAGAAGGAAACUCUUUGCAGAAAACCCAGAUGCAGCAAAGGAGAUAAACAUCAGCUACAAAAAGACCAAAACCAGCAAUCCCAACCCACCAGAUGACCCACUGUCACACUCAACAACCAAAAAAGCCCCUUUCCACCAACUCACGCCUCCUGACUCAAAGAUACCUGAUCCAAAGGUUGAUGACCACAAAUAUAACUAAUGGUAACCACUUCAUGCCAUCUACACAACAUUGGUAAUCAACGUGCCUGCAGCAUUUUGACUUCGAACAAGUAUUUGUCUUUUGCAACAGGAUGAAGCCAGUUUUUUUUUUUUUGCGAAUGCUUUUGAACCUGUGUUGCCCAAUCUCAUAACAGAUGAGAUUGUAGGAAAUGAUGCUACAUACUUCCUGUUAUCACCUUUUGUGUAAAAUCAUAUAACUGUCACUAUUAUCUAAACUGCUAAGUGCCAUCACCCUA